AUGCACGAAAGGGCAGGAGAACAGAAAGGGAAGGGCCUGUUGACAUUUGAGGAUGUGACCAUAGAAUUUUCUCCAGAAGAGUGGGCAUGCCUGGACCCUGCUCAGAAGAAUUUGUAUUGCAAUGUGAUGUUAGAGAACUACAGCAACCUGGUCUCCCUAGGUCUUCCUAUGGCUAAGCCAGACCUUAUCAUCUGUCUGGAGCAAAGGAAAGAGCCCUGGAAUAUGAAGAGACAUGAGAUGGUAACAGAGCACACAGCUGCAUCUUCUCAUUCCACUCAAGACUAUUUGCCACAGCAGAGCUUAAAUAUUUCAUUCCAGAAAAGGGUAUUGACAACAUAUGGAAGCUGGGGCCUUGGGAAUUUAAAGUUAAUGAAAUCCUGGGAACGUAUGUGUGAGUAUAAGGAGCAUACAAGGUGUUAUAAUGGACUGAUCCAAUAUUCAACAACUAAUCUUAACAAAAUGUUCCAGUCUAAAAAAUGUUUGUUCCAAAGCUUGUCAAAUGUAGAUAGAGAGAAGAUAAGACAUACUAUAGAGAGGCCUUUUAAAUGUAAAGAAUGUGGGGAGGCCUUUAACCAGUGCUCACACAUAAAUAAACAUAACACAAUUCAUAAUGGAGAGAAAACUUACAAAUCUAAAGAAUGUGGGAAAGUGUUUAAAUCUUGCUCAAGCUUUUCUAAACUUAAGAGAAUUUGUAUUGGAGAGAAACCUUACAAAUGUGAAGAAUGUGGCAAAGCCUUUAAUGAGACCUCAUACCUUACUAAACAUAAGAGAAUUCAUACUGGAGAGAAACCUUAUAAAUGCAAAGAAUGUGGCAAAGCCUUUAGUUGGUGCUCAUACCUUUCUAAACAUAAGCAAAUUCAUACAAGAGAGAAACUCCACAAAUGUGAAGAAUGUGGCAAAGUCUUUAAUCAGAGCUCAAACCUUACUGAACAUAAAAGAAUUCAUACUGGAGAGAAAGCCUACAAAUGUGAAGAAUGUGGCAAAGCCUUUAAGGAGCGCUCAGACCUUAUUAAACAUAAGAGAAUUCAUACUGGAGAGAAACCCUACAAAUGUAAAGAAUGUGGCAAAACCUUUAAUCAGCGUGGGAACCUGACUAGACAUAAGAUAAUUCAUACCAGGGAGAAGUACUACAAAUGUGAAGAAUGUGGUGGGACAUUUACUCGGUGCUCAGACCUUACUAAACAUAAGAGAAUUCAUAUGGGAGAGAAACACUACAAAUGUGAAGAAUGUGGCAAAGCCUUUAACCAGUGUUGGUACCUUACUAUACACAAGAGAAUUCAUACUUGAGCAAAAGCUUACAAAUGUAAAGAAAGUGGGAAAGCCUCUAAUAAUUGCUCACAUAUUGACAUCAGAGAAUCAUACUAGGUAACAGUGGAAUAGAUGUAACAACUGUCAAAAUACCUUUCAAAACUAAAGUCUUACAGUGCACCAAGGUAUGUAUACUGAGAAAAAAUACUACAACUGUAAAGGGUGGUGCAAUACCUUUACUUCUGCCACAGAUAUUACUGUGAACAGAAGAAUUUAUAUGGGAAUAGAAUCCUCCAGCAAUUGUUCUCACUUUAAGUUCAGAGAAUUUGAAUCGGAGAGAAUCUCUACAAAUAUAAUAAAUGCA